AUGCACCUGGUGGAGGAGAAGCCCAGCGAGGACCUGACCCCCCAGAUCCGAUGCAGCGACAACUGCGACCCCGACAAGCUGGGCUCUGACCAGAGCUGCCUGCGCCGGAUCCACGAGGCCCUGCGGCAUUACCGCGCCCUGCUGGACUCCAACGUCUUUGCCGAGCUGAGGGGCCCGGCUGACAGCCCCAUGGCCGCGCUGCAGGGUGCCCUGGCCCAGCUGACCAGCCUCGUCCAGAACGGCAGCUUCGCCGAGGGGCCGGGAACCCCACCGCCGCAGAGCCAGCCCUGGGAACGGCCCCUAAUCCAGCACCGGAUCCUCCGCCAGCUCUGCUCCUUCUCGGCCGUGAUGGCGCGGGUCUUUGCCCACAGCGCGGCCACCCACUAAGCUGAGG